UCCCAAGCAUGAAAACGCACAUGUGGGUUUGGCAAUGAGGUUACAAGAAGGAUUGCAUGCAUGGUAGUCUUUAGCUUGUUACCCAAUUACAGUAUAUAAUGUGUGGUUAAGAAUCCAAAUAACAGUACAAGUAGGCCAUAUACAUUGUCUAGUCACUACAAAACAUUUAAAUAGAUUUAGCUGACGCACUGGCUUGGAAAUCUACUCGGGAGACUUGCUAUCAGCUAAAGUUUGCUAGCUACAUCGCUGUCAGCAGCAUCGCCUUUGAAUUGGCUGUGUGAGCAGACUUCACCAUGAGUUCAAGAGUGUGUAAGAACUGUGGGGGCACAGACAUCGAUGUGGACCAGGCCAGAGGCGAUGCCGUGUGCGUGGGCUGUGGCUCGGUUCUGGAGGACAACAUUAUCGUGUCAGAGGUCCAGUUCAUGGAGACAGGAGGGGGCGGCGCCUCUGCUGUGGGACAGUUUGUAGCUGGAGAUGCCUCUGGAAGGAACCCCACUUUUGGGGAAGGGCUCUAUACGGGCGUUGGAAGGGAGUCCCGGGCCCAGACCCUGCAGAACGGGAGACGUCAGAUCAACACGCUGGGCCACCAGCUGCAGCUGAACCAGCACUGCCUGGACACGGCCUUCAACUUCUACAAGAUGGCCGUGUGUAAACGCCUGACACGGGGCCGAAGGGUGGCCCACGUGGUGGCCGCAUGCCUCUACCUGGUCUGCAGGACGGAAGGGACACCUCACAUGCUGCUUGACCUCAGUGACCUCCUGCAGGUAAAUGUUUACGUCCUGGGUAGAACCUUCCUGGUCCUGGCCAGAGAGCUCUGCAUCAAUGCCCCCGCCAUAGACCCCUGCCUGUACAUACCUCGCUUUGCCCACAUGCUGGAGUUUGGAGAGAAGAACCAUGAGGUGUCCAUGACAGCACUGCGACUGCUGCAGAGGAUGAAAAGGGACUGGAUGCACACGGGACGGAGACCCUCAGGACUGUGUGGCGCAGCUCUGUUGGUCGCUGCUCGCAUGCAUGAGUUCCGCCGUACCAUCAAAGAAAUCAUUAGUGUAGUGAAGGUGUGCGAGGCCACACUAAGAAAGAGAUUGAAUGAGUUUGAGGACACGCCCACCAGCCAGCUGACCAUUGAGGAAUUCAUGAAAGUGGAUCUUGACCAGGAGUGUGACCCGCCCUCUUUCAUCGCCGGCCAGAGGAAGAAAAGAAUGAAGCUGCUUGAGGAAGAAUUGGAGAAGAAGAUUGACGAUGUUCAAGGUGAAAUCCAUGAGUACCAAGAUGAGAUUGAGAUGGAGCUGGAGCAGAGCCGGCCCAAGUUGAGAGGGAUGUACGCUUCCUGUGCAAAAGUUGGCCCCCAGGAGGAAGAGGAUGAUGAAAUAUCUCUUCCUGAUGGGGAGGAGAGGGAGGACGAGGAGCUAAAGGCUGUGGCCCAGCACCUCAAUAAGGAGCUUUGUGACCAGGUGAUCUCUGGAGAGGAGGAUGGAGAGGGGCAGGAGGAGAGACCUCCACGCAGAGGCCCAUCACUGGCCUCCCUCCUGGGGCCCAUGCCCACCGCAGCCAGCCUUGGCCUCCCAGAGUCUAUCAGCAAGUGCAUUGGAGAGGAGAAGGAGAACGAUGAGGAUGCUGAAAAUGGAGAGCUGGACUUGAGUGGUAUUGAUGAUGAUGAGAUUGAGCUGUAUCUCCUGAAUGACAAAGAGGUGAAAAUCAAGACUGAGCUUUGGCUGAAACAGAAUGAAGACUACUUGAAAGAGCAGAAAGAAAAGGAAGAGCGGAUAGUGAAAGAGAAGGAGCUGGGGAUUUACAAGGACAAGAAGCCCAAGAGCUCCAAGAAGCGGGCUCCGAUCCAUGCCAGCACAGCCGACGAGGCCAUAGAGAAGAUGCUGGAGCAGAAGAAGAUCUCCACUAAGAUCAACUACGAUAUCCUGAAGGAGCUGAAUGUCAAGCCAUGCGCCAGUCCAGCCCGCCAGACAGCAGAGUCUCCGAAAGGAGCCACCCCUGGAGCCCAGAGGCUGACUGGACGAUACCGCAAACCCACCAAUGUCCCUCUGAGCCUGGGCACACCACUCAGCACCCUGGGCAAGAGGUUACGGCCCUUCAUAUCAGCACACCCCCCUAAGAAGCUGGCUCUAGACCAGAUAGCCAGCCCCCUGCCAAUGGCCUCUGAGGUGUCGCCCCACUCUGUGCUGGUCGAGAGUGGGCCUGUGGUCUAUGACGAUGUGGCAGAUGAGGAAGAGGAGGAUGAGGAGGAGCCCUGCGUCAGCGCCAUGGAGCUGCUGGGAGGCAACGAGUAUGGAUGUGAAGAUGAUGAUGGUUUCUAGCACUACUGGGUUUGGCCUGUUUGUCUGGACCGUUGUGCUACUCCAACCCCCUGUCCCAUUUGGAGAGAUUGACUCAUUGAUUGAGAUGGCGGCGACAGCUUUCAUGCUCACAGAAUGGUGAAGAGGAUGGAAAUGAUGACAGGAGCCAUUUCUUCUCAGGAUAUCUCCUUUAUCUAGAUAAGAGGUUAUGGGUAAUAUUGAGCUGGAUCGAACAAAGAGACUAAACGUAAUGUUUCAUAUUCUACAUUUCACGUCACUCAAGUAUACACUACCAUUCAAAAGUUUGGGGUCACUUCGAAAUGUCCUUGUUUUUGAAAGAAAAGCACCUUUUCUUGCUUCUUUAAUCAGAACAACAGUUUUUAGCUGUGCUAACAUAAUUGCAAAACUGGUUUCUAAUGAUCAAUUAGCCUUUUAAAAUGAUAAACUUGGAUUAGCUAACACAAUGUGCCAUUGGAACACAGGAGUGAUGGUUGCUGAUAAUGGGCCUCUGUACGCCUAUGUAGAUAUUCCAUGACAAAAAUCUGCCGUUUCCAGCUACAAUAGUCAUUUAUAACAUUAACAAUGUCUACACUGUAUUUCUGAUUAAUUUGAUGUUAUUUUAAUGGACAAAAAAUAUGCUUUCCUUUUCAAAAACAAGGACAUUUCUUAGUGGCCCCAAACAUUUGAACGGUAGUGUAUGUUGUCUUUGCCUUAGCUUGUUAACCCCCCCCCCCCCCCCCCCCCCCCCCCCCCCAUCAUGGAUAAGUAUGUCUGUAAUUACAUGAAAGUGAAGUACACUACCUAAUGUGUUGGGAACAGUUACAACAGACCGGUAUUAGUCCAAUCAGUAUUUCAAAAAUCAUGGCUACACAUGAACAAAGUAUGAAAGCAGCUGUAUGCGAGCUUGCGUCUGAAGCCAAAGUAUUGCUAUGAUCAUGCCUUGAAUAUGUAAAAUCAUAUGGAGUAUGUUUCAGUUGAAAUGCUCAUGUUAAUCGAGGUGAUGAAGUUGCAUUCAGCCAAUGACAUUUAGUCUUGAAACCUGUAUUAUAGGAUUAGGUAAAUUUGAACUGGUAGCAUUUUGAUUUGGUUUUGGGUUUCUUUUUCAACAGCUGCUAUUUAUUUAAUGUGGUAUGAUUUCUCAUUAUUUGUUUUAUGGAGAAUUCUGCAAACUAUUUUGGACUGGAUAAUCACUAAAGUGUUAAAGCUGGAAUCCAUAGCGGUGAUACUGCCACGUCUGUGAGGUAUUACAACAACAAAGACAUUACUUCAAACAACACUUUUUUUCUUCUCGUAAAUCAUUGCACGUGCGAUAGAACAGCAUAGUAUGUACUACGAUUUAUUUAUUUUUUUACCAUGAUGCAGGAUUGCUUGUUGCGCCUACCGCACAUCUCAGCUUUAAUUAUACAUAAAGCUGCCAAAUAUAUUAAUUGUUGAUGAUGAACUAUGCAAUGUUAAACAUUCCAAAUGAAUGACAUUGCGUUAUGGUAUUAUUUUCUAAAUGCGCUUUAAUGAUUUUAUUUGUAAAAUGUUGACUAGGAGGAUUACUGUUGGUUUGUUCACUGUGUUGACACGUGUAUUUAGGAUGUGGCUAAUGUUCACAGCCUCUCCUUCCACUUUGCUGCUACUCUAUAUAGACGAGUUGGUUGAUUAGCAACAAAACCCUCGCGUGCAAAACUAUGGGGGAAAACAAGGUUGGCUUAGAUUGUUGACAACCUAUAUUUUGUCUACAGUGUUAUUGAAAACAUAAAUACAUUUGCACAAUGGGCACUACAUCAUUACAGUUGUUGGUUAGCUAGCUAGCACAUUUUUGGCCAUAUUAGCAUAGACGUGACAUCAGUGAAAACACCUAAAAACAAGACAUGGUAUCAAGAACGAAAUAAAACUAGCUAAACAAGCCACCGAAAUUUCCCCAAAUGGUAGUUUCUUGUCAUUGUUGCUAGUUAUCUGGCCAUCCAGAAUCACAACACACAGACUUCUGCCGCAUUUUCAAGUGUGCGCAUUGUUUUCGUGACGUCAACUAACCCGUCUGUGUUGAAGGUUACUUGUUUUGCAUUGGCUGUCUCAGUAAAGCUCCUACCAACAGGAAACGUUUGUUCUUAUUCUCUUUUCUAAUUUGUCUACUAUCAUCUUUUCGCUGUGUCUUGAUAUAAGUGUUAGAACUGCUUUUGACAUGAAUACAUGAAACAACCGGGUUUAGUGACCAUUCUCCUCUAACUGUGAAAUCAAAGUUAAAUGUUACAGUAACUUAGCUGCUGGCUAAAAGGCAUCCUCAACCUAGUAUCUCCAAUUGGAUAAAGCAAGGUUAAGAGAAGGACAAUGACCCAACACACCUCCAGGCUGUGUAAGGGCUAUUUGACCAAGGAGGGUGAUGGAGUUCUACAUCAGAUGACCUCGCCUCCAAAAUCACCUAACCUCAACACAAUUGAGAUGGUUUGGGAUGAGUUGGACCGCAGUGUGAAGGAAAAUCAGCCAACAAGUGCUCAGCAUAUGUGGGAACUCCUUCAAGACUGUUGAAAAAGCAUUCCUCAUGAAUGCCAAGAGUGUGCAAAGCUAUCAUCAAGGCAAAGGGUGACUACUUUGAAGGAUAUAAAAUAUAUAUUUUGAUUUGUUUAACACUUUUUUGGUUACUACAUGAUUCCAUAUGUGUUAUUUAAUAGUUGAUGUCUUCAGUAUUAUUAUACAAUGUGGAAAAUAGUAAAAAUAAAGAAACCCUUGAAUGAG